AUGGAAAAGGAAACCCUGAGACCUUAUAUGCCAAAAGUCCCAUAUCCUCAAAGGCUCAAGGGAAGCACCAAGGAGAAGAAAUACUCUAGAUUCCUAGAUAUAUUCAAAUCACUCCAUAUUAACAUCUCCUUCAUUGAAGCUCUCCAACAAAUGCCACUAUACAUCAAGUUCAUGAAGGAGUUGCUGUCCAGAAAAAGUCCCUUAAAAGGAGGACAAACAGUGGUGAUGACCAAGGAAUGCUGUGCUCUCAUUCAAAGGGACUUACCAACAAAGAAAAAGGAUCCAGGAAGCUUCCAUAUCCCUUGCACCAUAGGUGAUAUGAUGAUUGAUAGAGGAUUCUGCGACCUUGGAGAAAGUAUAAAUCUGAUGCCCCUAUCCCUCAUGAAGAAGCUUCAGAUUAAUGAGUUGAAGCCUACAAAAAUAGUCCUUCAAUUGGCUGACAAAUCUUGCAAACAAGCACUCGGAGUUAUAGAAAAUGUGUUGGUGAAGUUAGGAAAAUACUUUCUCCCUACAGACUUUGUCAUUCUUGAUAUGGAAGAGAACCACCUUUAUCCCAUCAUUCUCGGAAGACCAUUCCUAGCUACAGCUAGAGCACUAAUAUAUGUUGAAAGGGAGAAAUUGAUGCUAAGAAUACAUGAUGAGCAGCUAGUUUUCCAUAUCUUCAAGACCAUGACUAACAUCCCUCAAGAGAAGAAAUGCAUAAAGAUUGAUUCUGGAGAAGCAAAGGGAGCAACCAAAGAAUCAAAAUCAGAGCCUCUGAAUUCACCUUGA